AUGUCCAAAAACAGAGUUUCAUUACCCAUUGUGCUUGCAGUUUGCUUCUGUUGUCUCGUCGUUAACGCCAAUGCCUUCACGGCUUCCGGUUGGACUCAAGCUCACGCGACCUUCUAUGGAGGCAGCGAUGCUUCCGGGACAAUGGGGGGUGCUUGUGGAUAUGGCAACUUGUACUCGACCGGGUACGGGACAAGGACGGCUGCACUGAGCACGGCACUUUUCAACGAUGGAGCAUCGUGCGGACAAUGUUACAAGAUCAUGUGCGAUUACAGAGCGGACCCACAAUGGUGCAAGAAGGGGACGUCCGUGACUGUAACCGCCACGAAUUUCUGCCCACCGAACUACGCUCUCCCGAGCAAUAACGGUGGGUGGUGCAAUCCUCCGCGCCAGCAUUUUGACAUGGCUCAACCGGCAUGGGAGAAGAUCGGAAUCUACAAGGGCGGCAUCGUGCCCGUCUUAUACCAAAGGGUGCCUUGCAAGAAGCACGGCGGAGUGAGAUUCACGAUCAACGGCAGAGACUACUUCGAGCUGGUCCUUAUCAGCAACGUGGGCAACGCUGGGUCCGUCCGAUCAGUCAAGAUCAAGGGCUCAAAAACAGACUGGGUGGCCAUGUCCAGGAACUGGGGUGCCCUCUGGCAGUCAAACUCCUAUCUCAACGGUCAAUCUCUGUCCUUCAUGGUCACAACGAGUGAUGGCAUCACAAAGACAUUCUUGAACGUUGUCCCGUCCAAUUGGGCUUUCGGGCAGACGUAUUCGAGCCCACUUCAGUUUUGA